AUGGAAGCGAAGGAGUGCACAGCAAACACACUCCAGCCUGAACCAUCCAUCCGAUCAGUCUGUAGGUGAACAUGAACAGGUGAGAGCUUCAGUCGCCCCCUGAGCUGAUGAUGUUUGUCGCCCUCUAGCUGUGAAACAAAGCAUGAGGACAAACGAACGGACCCUCUGAUUGACUGUGAAAAGGCAAAGAAAAGGUAAGCAGAGUUCUCAGAUGAGGUAGAGUCCCAGCUGUACAGCCUGACACAGCACUGACUCUGUCUCUUCUCUCCUGUGAACAGCUGUAGCGUCCUGAGUCAGGAGCCCUUCGCCGCCACGUGCCACGCAAAAAUCAGUCCGGAUUCCUACGUCAAAGCCUGCACAGACACUCUGUGCAAGUAUCCUGCUGCUGACAACCUGCCUUGUCAGUUCCUGGAGGCCUACACCAGAGCCUGCAACUGGUUGACCAAGAAGAAGGUGGACGGCUGGCGCUCCACCUCCAACUGCCGUAAGACCAAACCUCAUAAACACUGUCAUCCUGGUGAACCCAGGAGCAAACCUCAGAAAGUCUCUGAUUUAUCCACCAUCUGGUGUAAAACUGUCUCUCACGUGUCUUUUGCUCCACCUCUCCCUCAGCUUCCACUCCGAAGGCCUUCUGUCAGGACACCGUCUGUGCCUCUAAUGAGUUCUGUACUCUGGGGGAUUCAGGCAGCCACGAAUGCCUCUGUCGGCCGAUUUCGGCAAAGACGCACAGAGACGACGGAACCCUGGGUAAGACAGCAGCGGCAGUGUUGGACUUGUAGAACCUUGUUGAACCUACAAAGAGGACCUUUACUGGUCCUGUGCAGCUUGGCUUGACCUACCAGUGUGCAGCUGACCCAGCAGACAUGCACAGAGGUGCAAAGGCCAGUUCAGUGCUGCAUCAUUACCCCUGCAUUAAUCCAAAGCAGUGACAAACACUGAGAGACAGUUCUCCAGAAUAACCUUCUGAAAACGUACAGAAACAUGACAAAGUCAGACCUAACAGGCAACAACAGAUGGACAUACAGACCUGAAUGGAGCGUGACGUAGUUACACAAACACAAUGUAGUUUCCAGCUUUAUGACGUGAGGGUGAACUGACUGUCUUAGGAGUCUGUCCUCUUUAAUCCAGUCAUCAGUGUUACCGUCAGUAACUCUCCUUCCUGUGCUGCUGAAUAUUCAGGGGGUCCCACCGUCUGCGUCCAGAACACUGCUUCAGCAUCUUUGAUCAACUGUCUCCUGAGAGAAAAAGGCAUCGACUACACAACCCUGCACCUCCUUGACCCAAAGUGCAAAGGCACACUGGACGACGGAUUGGUGACCUUCGAAUUUAGCAGCAGUGACAUGUGCGGCGCCGUAGUCACGGUGAGUCCUGUCCUCAGUCCUGUACUCUUGGAUCUCCCCUGAGCUCUGUGAGGUUCUCCUGCUCCUGCUGGUUUAAAGUGUUUCUCUCUCUCAGGUCCUUUACAGUCUCAGUUUAAUCAGACUAACCUCAUAACUCGUCUUUUUCUCUGAAUCAGACUUCUCUCCUCGUCCUCGUUUACAUGCAGCUGAGAAAACUGAAUUAUUGACGUGAACGUGUCCUCCUCCCCAACACUAGGGGGCGAUAUGGGUCUUUUCAGCAGCGCUGUUUCCGACCCCAUACAACCGUCAACAACAACAGCAGGUCGGUGUCAGAUAGUGGUGGGCAGAACCGGUCAAUUCAGUGAACCGGAUCAUUCCGGGUCGUUCAGUAAAAAGACCCGUUCAUUUCGUUCAUUUCGGUCAUUUCGGUCAUUAGUCAGUCCACUCGGUCUCUCGGUCUCUCGUUCAUCGGUCUGGGUCUUUCGUUCAUUUGACCCGUUCUUUCAGUCAACUUAGUAGUACUGCUGCUGCUUCUCUAAGCCCCACCCACACACAGAACGAGGCGCGACGAUAGGAUAAGACAGGCAAGCAGUCCCUCUUCAGCCAAUCAAAAGAACGGAACGGAUUGAACGGGUCAUUUAGGGGGGGAGAACUAGUUCAUUUCGUUCAUCAAAAAGAACUAGUUCUUUUGAUCCGUUCGUUCAAGACCGACACACCACUAGUGUCAGACGUCAGAAGUGUCUACAACUGCUGCUGGGCAUUUUGGAGAAACAAGAAGAUGGAGCAUCGUACAGCGUUGUUUUUGUCCGACAUGAUGGACGCGCUACUUUUUCUAAAGAGGAGACCAACGCUACUCCUCUACUCUGGGGGUUUGUUACGGGGUUACGGGGGCGUGGCCUGUAACCGAUCAUACUGCGACUACGUUGGUUACAUGGUAGAGAAAAUCAAAUCAUCUGGGUGUCUUAUUCAGAGUUCUCCGACUCCAAUUAUAGUCGGACUAAGGUGUUUACAUGACCUUCAGUUGUCCGGUCUUCAUCGGAGAGAGGCGAUAAUUCGGUUUUCUCAAGUGUCGUGGAAACGGACUGAGUGAGGAUUAGUAGGAUUAGUGCAGAUUAGUAUUCAAGCAACAUGUGGUUCCUUGUGAUUCUGCAGAACGAAGCCAAACAAGUGGUCUACAAGAACACCAUCAUGGCUGCUAACCCCACCGGAGUGAUCGACCGUCAGGGAGGCGUAAACAUUGACUUCUCUUGCAACCACAAUCAACCAACAAUCAAGACUCUGAACUUCAAGAUCAAGAGCAAGUAA